CGCGGAGGAGACAGGGGUGGUACAGCUGCACAUCACUGCGUGGUUUGCUAUUCCCAGUGAAGAAAAUAAACUUGUGAGUGCGGGCAUGGCAAGCGUCAGACACCCUUGCAGGAAAAUAAAUGAUCCAUGAUGCACUGAGGGUCCCCCUCGCCCUCGCCCUCGUCCCCCCCCCCGCCGGGCAGCCUCAAAGUGGGAAGACAUUUAGCGAACUCGACGGCGGACAUGGACGUCUCCAACAGCAGCGCUGCCACGGGGCCCUCGGCGACUGCGAAGGCCUCGUCCUCGUCCUCGGAGGGCCCGUACGACCCGUACCUGCUGGCGUACGACGCGCUGCUGGACUACGAGGUGCCGCCGGACCAGAUCCCCGACACCACGCAGGGCCGCGCCUUCGCCGUGGCGACCGCGCUCAUCGGCGCCGUGCUGGUGUGCAUCAUCCUGGUGUGCGGCGUGGGCAACUGCCUGUUCAUCGCCGCGCUCGCCCGCUACAAGAAGCUGCGCAGCCUCACCAACCUGCUCAUCGCCAACCUGGCCGUGUCGGACGUGCUGGUGGCGGUGGUGUGCUGCCCGUUCCUGGUGGACUACUACGUGGUCAAGCGGCUGUCCUGGGAGCACGGCCUGCUGCUGUGCGCCGCCAUCAACUACCUGCGCACCGUCUCGCUCUACGUGUCCACCAACGCGCUCCUGGCCAUCGCCGUCGACAGGUACAUGGCCAUAGUGCACCCUCUGCGCCCGCGCAUGAAGUACCAGACGGCGUACUGCCUGAUCCUGGGCGUGUGGGUGGUGCCCGUCCUCAUCUCCAUCCCCGCCGCCUACUUCGCCUCCGAGACCCCCUACCCCGCCCACGGCCACGACGACGGUAGCUACGGCGACGGUAGCCACGGCGACAAUGACGGCCACGCCCCCCGCCACCACCACAAGACCUUCUGCGCCCAGAUCUGGCCGGUGGACCGCCAGGCGCUCUACCGCUCCUACUUCCUGCUGGUGUUCGCCGCCGAGUUCCUGGGCCCCGUGGCCGUCAUGGCGGCGUGCUACGUGCGCGUCUCGCGCGAGCUCUGGUUCAAGGGCGUGCCGGGCUUCCCCACCGAGCAGCUGCGUCGCCGCCUGCGUCGCCGCCGCCGCACCGUCCUGGUGCUCAUGGGCGUGCUGGCGGCCUACGUGCUCUGCUGGGCGCCCUACUACGGCUUCGCGCUGCUCCGCGACUUCCACCCGACGCUCAUCGCGCGCGGCCGCCACUCGCUCGUGGCGUUCUACGUGGUGGAGUGCGUGGCCAUGAGCAACGGCGUCAUCAACACGCUGUGCUUCGUGAGCGUGCGGCGCGGGAGCUGUCCGUGGAGGGGCGCGGGGCCGGGCGGCUGCUCGCGGGGCACCACCAACUGGACGGUGGUGACGGGCAAGGACGCCAACGACGUCACCAAGGCGUCGCCGGCGACGGACGAGGAGGUCGGCGGGGGCGCGGAGCCCGGGAUGCUGCCGCUGAGGGCGACCGAAAACGCGGACGGAAUGCAGAUGAGGUGA